AGCUUUCGGGAGAGCAUACAUUCAGGAGGCAGGCGAGAAUUGCCGUAGAGGAAGGAGCAGUUGUACGCGACUGACAGACAUAACGAUCGCAUCAACCGGGUAUAGGCAGCAUACACCCCCAAGAACCAACGCAUACACCCGUCGACCAUGUCACUACCGCUACAAAUAUCAAUACCCUCCGCAUCAACGGCAACAGACCCAAAGCCCCAUACAGUCUACAAAGUUUCUGUCUCCCUGGGCCUCCGCUCACUGAACCUCCAAAAGCGAUAUUCGGAUUUCGUCACCCUGAACACCCAGCUCAAAGAUGUAACGGGGUCGGCACCACCAACCCCACUCCCGCCAAAACACUACUUUAAAACUACUAUCUCUGAUACUGGAUUACGGGAAGAGCGGAGAAGAGGGCUGGAGGCAUAUCUACGAGCAAUCGCAAAUAGUCCAGACCCUCGAUGGAGAGAAUGCCCAGCAUGGCGAACCUUUUUGAAGUUACCAACAACAGCUACCGCAACGCCAAGCGACCGUGCCCUAAUGACAGAAGACUGGCUAACAACCCACAAAACAACCCUCCAACUCCUCCACUCAGCCCGCACCUCCCUCUUCGCCCGUGACCGCCUCCACUCUACCGAAGACAUCGCGCAAUCCCAUUCUGCCUCUGCCGAAGCCAAGAAAGCCCUCGUGGAUGCUGCACGACGAAUUGGUGUGUUGGAGGGAGGGUUGAAGAAGGCGGGGGAGGAUGGGAUUAUUGGGGAAGGGGAGUUGAGGAGGCGGAGGGACUUGGUGGCUGAUGCGAGGAAAGAGUUGGGUGCGUUGGAGGAGUUGACUAGUGCUGUUGCUACCCGUCGACGGACGGAGGAGCAGCAAUCACGGGCUGCUACGCCAGCGUCGAUACAGCAGCAACAACUGUUCAACACUACUGGUACGACCCGCAGCAUCGGUCGUACCCUCGGCGGACCUGCGCCUGAGACUGAACGAACACGCGAAUUGAGCAAUACGGGCCUCCUCCAACUCCAGCAAACAAUGAUGGAAGAUCAAGACGAUACCCUAGAAACCUUCAGUCGGUUAUUGAGGAAGCAGAUGGAGAUUGGUGUUGCGAUCGGGGAGGAGCUGGAUGAGCAGAAUGAGAUGUUGGAUGAGAUCGAUGGGGGCGUUGACAGACUGGGGAGGAAAGUCAAGAAAGCAAGGAAGGGAGUGGAGAAAUUGAAUAAGUAAGUGCUGGUGUAUGAAGCUUUCAUCAUCUCUAUCAGUUGCAGAGGAAACCCUGUAGAAUAGCAGAUUCAAAAUGAUGACCCAAUCGAC